GUUUAUCCGCUCUCUACCCUGGUUGCCGGGCAACGCGGGGCCUAGCGCAGGCUCGGUACGCGGGGCGGGCGGGGUCGGGAUCGGGGACGGCGGACAGCGGGCGAUGGUGGCGGAUCCGUGGGCCGCACAGCCAGUAUCAUUGAAAAGUUGGGUGAGAAAGCCUUUUGAAGAACAUGGCAAAUCCUCUCAGAAGUGAAGUGAUCAAACUGUACAAAAAUUUGCUGCACCUUGGCAGAGAAUACCCAAAGGGAGCAGAUUACUUCAAUGAUCAUCUCAAGGCAGCCUUCAUGAAAAACAAGGACGUUACAGACCCUGAGAAAAUCAAGGAACUCAUAGCCCGGGGACAGUUUGUGAUGAAGGAACUGGAAGCUUUGUAUUACCUGAGGAAAUACAGAGCAAUGAAACAACGUUAUGAAGACAAUAAGAAGUGACUUCAUUACACAACUUAAUUGUAGACUUCCAGAAUAUAUCUUUGCAUCCUUGUGUGGUUCUAUGAUUAACGGGUAUAUUACCUGUGCUUCACAAAAUGCAUUCACAUUGAGAUCCACUAAUCAUAUAUGGUGUCAUUAGGAGUUUGAUGGUGUUAAACUUCAAUUCAACUAACACCUACUGAAUAAUGUUUGCUGAGUCGCCAGCCAGAUUAAUAAGUUUUGAGUUGUACCAGAGAGGUCGACUGUGUGGAAUCCAGUGAACGAUUGUAACAAAUUGUUACAAUUUAAAAUUCAGUCCUAGGUUUAAAAAGAUUGGGUUUCAUUGACGAUGGAUUCCAAAGGGCCUGUCCCACUUGGGCCUCAUUUACGCAUCACGCAGAUGGCGUGCAAAGAUUUUGUAUAUCCCAAAAUCCUGGGGCACCGCGCGCAACUGCGCGUCACAGCUUACGUCACCACGCGCAAAUGGCUCCCAAGUGGGACAGGUCUGUAACCUCUUAAUUCUACUGAUCACAUUUAAGAGAUAAAUCACUUUAUAACAUAUCAUUAAUACAACAUAACUGCACAUGCUGCAGGAUACACAGCUGCUGUAAUUUUUCAGCCUGAAUGCAGUGUCAAUAAAAUGCAGGUACAAGAUGAUUAUGAAAUAAUGCCAAAAGUUAACAAUUUCAAGCCAACCAAGUUGAGUAAAUUGUAUGUGCUUAACAUGCAGCUGAUGAAACGAUUGUUGUGAUUAAG